UUUAAGCUAUCACCUUAAAUGAUGGGGAUUUGUAUGAAUGAAUUCAUGUGACGCCAAAUGUGACAUUUUGUUCCGUCGAACAGUCCUCCUGUACCCUCAACAGGAUGCACACUGCCUAUCAUGCUGACUUCAAACCAUUUAAGGGUUAUAUACUAUCCGUUGGACGCGUGGUGUUAAGUAAUGGCAAUUUUCCGGCGAUUUAUACGGACUGGAAUAAAAGUUAGUGCAGUGGUGGCGUUGGUGAAAGUUUCUUAUCGUUUUGAUAUUUGGUCUUUAGACUCGGAUCAAGGAGCACAGAAACUUACAGUCCUAAAAGAAACCGUCGUCCCAGGGACCAUUGUUUUUCCAAAGGAGAUACUACCGUGGGUGGAGAACCGUUCAUGGCUUAGUGUGAAAUGGAAUAGUACGUUAGACAGAGCAUUUUCUUUAGUCAGAUGGCCAGAUUCUUGAAUUUCCUUUUCUUUGAGAUGCAACUCUGUAUGGUGAAUAUGGAUUUACUAAUUGAGCUAAAUAGGGCAACGGUAGUUUUAUAUAGCUUAAGAGCUAAUGUCGAAUUUCAUUGUGCACAUUUAAACUUUCUGAGAUAACUUUAUCUUUAGCAGCACUGUUCCACGUAGUACUGUACAUGUUUCUGUAACAUAUAUUUCCUGUGAUUGUAAUGCUUUUAGCAUUCGUUCAUUUGAGCACAACAGUAAAAACUGGCAACUGUCAACAGUGCUGAUAGAGCCGCUUCUUCAAGUUCUUAAUUCAAUAAUCUUCAACCACUAUGCAAUUAAAUCAUAUACGGCACUGAUGUUUAGUCAUCAGUGGAUCUAAUAAAUAGCGGGAG